AGCUGAGGGCCACGCAUCUCUAUGAGAGGGAGGCCACACAAGAGUCAUCUGUAUUGGAUGCUUCAAGGUCUCCCAAGCAUUUCCCAGAGGAGUAACCGGCUGCCUGCCACAACUUCACAGGAGUAACGGCCUGCUUCUGCUAGUGCUGCUGCUGCCUCUGCAAUGACGGAGUUGCUGCUGCCUCUGCAACGACGGAGCUGCCGCUGCUCCUGCUCAGUGUCCACGUGCAAGUCACUACGGCUUCAGUGCGCUCGCAGUGUGCCACAUGUUGUGUUGUGGGAGUUUCUUCUGAACCUUCCAAUGGCGGAGCUGGUGGCCACCAUUGCGAUUCGACCACUGGUGUCCAUGUUGAUGAACAAGGCGUCCAACUACCUCCUGGACCAAUAUAGUGUGAUGGAGGGAUUGGAAAAGCAACACAAAAUUCUCAAACGCAAGCUUCCGUCCAUCCUUGAUGUCAUUACAGAUGCCGAGGAGCAGGCGACGGCUCAUAGAGAAGGAGCGAAAGCCUGGCUCCAGGAGCUUAAGAUGGUGGCAUAUGAGGCACAUGAAGUCUUCGAUGAAUUCAAGUACGAAGCACUCCGUCGUGAAGCCAAGAACAAGGGGCACUACACUAAGCUUGGCUUCGAUGUGAUAAAACUCUUCCCUACUCACAACCGCAUUGUGUUCCGUUACAAAAUGGGUCGCAAGCUUUGUCGGAUUCUAUAGGCUGUUGAGGUCCUCAUAACAGA